UAUGUACAUUUCGCAAUUCAUCGUUGUUACAAGAUCAGAAAAAUCCAUCGGAUCUUCCACCACAUUAAUUCUAGUACGAUGAUGGAACGCRCAAUGGGGCAUGAUGUAACCGGCAUCUCAUACUAAUAGCGCACUCAAUGUAUGCCAUGAUUUGUUAUUUACUAGUAAUCGAUUAUGAGUUAGCAGUCAUUCUUCAAAACGAUUCUCAUUCCAUUCCUUUUACGUCGAUCGGCGGACAAGCGUAGAGACUACCGGUUCCGACUCGGCCAAUUCAGCUUAGGGAUCAAUCGUSUUUUCGAUCAAUGGCAUGGUUCGUCGACGAUCACACGGAAAGCACCGCGGGCCAAAGAAAGGUGUGGUUAUACUGUACCUGUYCGCAUUCGUUGGAYGUAUCAGAUCACUUUCAAACACUGAAAGCUGUCGUCAGAUUCCUAAAACGACGUCCUCGAGUAUGGCUACCCCGAAUAAGAGCUGCCCAAACAGAGGGGAUGYAUUGGACAUGCUGCCAAAUGGCAGAGAAGAAAAUAUAGACAAGUAUGCAUUCGUCCAUUCAUCAAUACAAGAAGUUCUGACGAUGAARCCUAGUACAAWCUCCGCAGACUUUUUUAAUGUAUCGGGAAGUCCGAAAACUGAAACAGAGAAUCCGAUUCUCGUCGAUAAUGAAAGAUGCACARUCAAGUGGGAAACACUAGAAACUUAUCUCAAGCACGAGGACACAGCGUCGAAAGCAAACAACACCCAAGAAACGCUUUCCAUGGAGCAACUUGUUUUGAUAGCUUCGCACUGUGAACAUGCAUUGAUUAGAGAAAGUCAAGUGCUCAAUUCUUUGCUCCCACCCCCGAUUCUCGGGUUGUUGCAAAUAAUACCAAAAAAGCACAAGGAAAAACGCAAGAAUGAGACAAAAGGAGAAUAUUACUUGAUUGCUACACUACUUGCCUUAAAUAUGGUCGAGAAUUCAAUUAGACACCUAUUACGGAAAGAGAAUGGGAAGGCACCGCUGCUGAAAGAUAUGAUAAACAUCAUGGCUAGAAGGAAAGGAAAUGACGCUUUACCUGGAUCACUUUUGCUCUUGUUGAGAACACUUUUACUUCCAAAUGGCGGCAUAAAUCUGAGAAACUUGCUUUGGCAUGGAUUCUUGCCAACGAUUCAUCCAAGAUGGUUUGCCUUGUCAGUUGUACUCACCUUGUCAUUAGACGAACUGGCUGGUUCGUCGUCUUUUCAGGUUAAUUCUUCGGGCAACACCGUGCAAACGAUACUCGCUAUGAGACAACACAAAGAACUCGUCACAAUAUUGGAUGACGGUCGAACAAUACUUUCAAAUCGCGAGAAGAUGGCUUCUUUCGAGAGAAURGCAAUUCAGUCGAAUAUCAUUCCGAAAAGUCAURUAGAAUUGUUCAAGGUAUCUUUGAAAUUUGUGAAUUCCCCCAUCAUUUUUGCAUCAGUGGUUAGUCCCUUCAUCGAACAUGUAGUACGGCUCAUGUGGUGUGAAGAAAAURAACAGAACAAAUGUAUUGCUGAGCCUGGCUCGUAUUACGUUACACUGGACGGACAUGGACAAAGAAACAAACACGAGGUUGUGAUCAUGCCAUUCUACWUUAAUCCAGAAGAGGUUGAUUCAAGAGGGGCAGAGAAUAAAUUAGUUUAUCGAUUGGGUGGUUCCCGUAUGGCMUUUUUAAUGGACAUGUUCGCGGCUCCUUCUACUGCACCUAAUAUAAGAGCAUCGGUAGCUCAUGGCUCUUUCAAUAAGUAUCUGCUCGAGGAGUUAGCUUCCAUCGAGGAGAAAAAGGAUCACAUGAGAAGAARUGUCGACGAGCUCAGCGAUAUAACAAAYGCACUUAUAUCGAUUUUGAAUACUUUGUGCGAUGACAAUUCAUACGCCGUCAACUCCUAUCGACCGAUUUUCUCUUAUUCGGCAACACUGCUUGCAGAGCUUGAUACYAUGGUAAUUGAGAUGAAAGAAUUCUACAAAUUUGUCAGUGAUGGUCAUUAUCUGAAGUAUUCCAGUGCUAUAUCUCAGAGUGAAAUGCAAGAGAAAAUAACGCAUGACAUAGCGAACAUGGCUCCAGAAUUCGGAAAAAUCCUUGGUAUGCAAGAAAGAAUACGCAAAGGCUUCUUUGCAAAGAACUCAAAAUUUACUGACGAGGAUUUUUUCCAUGAACAUAACAAUAAUUUGAUCGCAUCCGAAUGCGGCGCAACGAAGCUGCUUUUGUCUGAAAUUUCUCAGGCUGCCUCUUCGUCACUUCARAAUCUCAACGAUGGGAUUUCGGUUCUUCAAGAUGGCAARAUCCAAUUGUCAUCGAGACGACGAAAACAAGUUUAUCGCAUUUGUGCAUCGGCAAAGCUAACUUUCGAUUUUUAUUCAUUCGCAGCGUAUUGUGCCCUUCUCCAUGUARAGCGUCGACAAGAUAAUGUCAAGGAAUCACAACAUACACUGAUAGGACGAACGUUURCAGACGAUGAAUUAUUUAYAGCUGUAAAACGGUCGAGAAUGACAAUAUCUACUUUCACCACGACAAAAUCAUUUGAUAGAGCUUUGAGUGCUCUCGCACAGUACACUGCUGGAAAAGCGGUCAAAGCAAUAYGCAAGAGUGUUCAAGAACCUUCGAUUGAAAGAUCUGAAUGCAUUCAAUGAUAAUGACAGCCUGUAUGACGAUGAAGAAAAUCGGUGCUCAGUUUUCAAGGUAUGUUCUUUGGACAAGCCAAGGAAUCAGACCCUCGAGAAUUUCAGUACAAGCAAAUUGAUAGAUUAUCACAUUCUUGUGAGCCAAAAUCAUCAAUUUUCUUUGGUCUUGCCUUCGUCUUCUUCUUGGAUUGCACCGUAUAUUGUACCUCUUUCACCAAGAUGCAAGGGCUCCUGAAGUUUCAGACCCUUCUCAAUUCCUUCGUGAAAAACYUUUCUCAGUUUUUGACCGUACAUCUUGGUCACGUAAUAUGUGUAACGGUCUGCACCUCGUUUGGCGCAAAUKAUGAUUGCCAAACACAACAUUGUCCCAUGCACCACUUUGCCGCCCCGGUAGCACAUGAUAUCACCRAGCACAAUGAUCCCAAAUCCACAAGAACCGAAGGCGUGCAUCACCAUGUAGAAUAGAAAAUCACGAAUUUCGUAGUCGUUUCGUUCCGAACAAUCACGGCUGCGUUUCUUUGAUCGUUUCCACAACAUUGAACCUACGAUUUCACAGAGAGCACCUUUCCAGGUKGAGUGAAAGACUGUGUCAUAAACAGGCGGUGGCUUUUUCUCAUCUUUUGAAACAGCAGGUAACUUCAAUCCGGUUCGCAACAUCCAAACGGUGUAGGGAAYGAACCAUGCAAAAUAGAUAAUUAAAGUCAUUCGCGACACACCAACCCCAYCUUUGUCACGAUUGAUCUGCUCCGUGAAUUCUACCAAAUGAGGGAAAAUAGUAGGAUACGCAGCGUAUAUAUCGGCAGCAUGCCAUCGCUGAUUGUACAUURCCAUUGAUGGCAUCAAAUGAAUUAUCAAGUUAGCCAUAGCUGAAAUCAAGAAAAUUCGAAARUUCACAUCAGAACACCAUUAAAACCAAGCAGUUCAAAAAAAGAGUUGGAUGGAAGUUAGUUAUUGCUUGCUGUUGAGUUUUAAAAAAAACACAGAGAGAAACUUUUGAGCACGAGAAGGAAGAUAUUCGUCUUACUGUUAACGUCGUGGAACAAAAAAGCCACAAAUGGCAACACCAUUGCAGCCAAGAAAACUGGGCCACAGAAUAUGCCGAAGCAUGCCAAAAAGAUAUUUUUUCGCAGCUCGAUUGAAAUGAGAUCUGUUGACAAGUAGCCGUCRAAAAUYAAGGCAGAAAUCACGAGUACUGCACCCAAGGUGUUCAUUACCCAGCAGAAGUCCAAAUAGUACAAUACUUCACACAAGGGCUGUGCAUAGUACAUCCCCUUUAGUUUGUAAGACAUCCAAAAAAUAGUUUCGACUGCGUAGAGGAUCCAAAAAUGUUCAGGAUGGCUACCAUGAACAUAGGCGAUAAACAAGCAAUUUACCAAACCAAAAGUAAAGUUCCACUCGUUAAGCCCCUUAUCUUUGCGAGCCGCGUCUUGAAUCUGAUCAACUCUAUCCAAAACCUGUAUGAACGAUUCUUUUUGCCCAUGCUGGAACGCAUCGAUUUUUGAUUGUCGACGGUAAGGGUAGCUUCUUUCAUUAYUAUGAGGAGAAGUCGCCUUCUCUUGAGUUUCUCUGUUAUCCUUSUUUUCUUUGUCAUUUUUUGUGCUUUGGGAUAAUAGUGGAUAAAGUUCUUUCUCGUUCACUUCUUUGUCUUCGUCGCYGUCAUCGCUAUCGUCAUCACAGGUGCUAGUCACGAACCCAAGUUCAGUCAGCGUUGCGUUGACCAUUUCAAAUUCUUUGCGCUGAUGAAUUUGAUCUUUAAAGACAAACUCAUCUUCAUCACUGUUUGUAGUCUCGCCGAUGCUCUCCCCGAUAGAAAUAGCGUCUCGCAAGGAUGCCAGAAAUGAAGACCGUCCCAUAUUCCUUUUUGACGGAGCGACUGCUGAGCAUCCAUCGUCGUCGCCUGAAGUUUUCUGUAGCUUUUGUUCCAACUCCAUUUUUCGUCCAGAUUUUUCCGUUCAGUGCUUUGGUUGGUUGGCARUUGUCGGUGUGGGUCGAUACCAUUGAACACGGYAUUCRUAUAUUAGGUGUCCAGAAUAAUCUAGAACAAUGAUGACCUUGAGAUUUGUUAUCUUCUGUUCCMUCCUYUUUACCUGGUUCUUGAAAAAGAUACUAGACUACCGGUACAAAUAUACGUAACUACGAAGUAAGAUAUUAGAAGAUGAUCUUUURCUGUAUUUUUUCGUSCUCGUAUCCGAACCGGUGGAAGCCGCGAGAAAUUUCCGUKYAGUCGGAAAUCCUCKAGUUGUACAAGUAYUACUAUUACAGUACUACCGUAGAGCAACAAAAAUUUUAAUUCAAGCAUGCGCAGCRUAAGUCGUACUCUCCCUGUCCAUUUCCCCUCCCCACUCCACACGCCMAUUCCCUCGUACUUCGUAUUUUAUUUGYCCUGAUUUUCAUUUGAAAAGUGAUUGGUGAUUAGCUCCAUUUYCAUUCAGUGUGAUACUGYACGGGUUCAAAAAUGAGCUGUUCUAGCAGCACAGCAAACAAAAURAUACAAACUUCCURGGCAAUGUUUCAAAAUGAAUCUUCAAAUUUUAUCCGAGAAAGAAAAAUCAUUUUUUUCAGUCUUUAUUUUCACCUCAGCACGAAUCGCUCUUUGGUUCAUAUCAAUUUCUUUAGAAUCUUCGAUUCCUUGGUAGUAGGAUUGCUUGUCAAAAUCGAUUGCUUUUCUUUUUGGUGCAGAUKUGAGUUUUAUGUCAUGCUCUUUGAGAACCUCUUCUGCGAUUUUCUUUUUGUGGCAAACCAGUACAAUCGCAGCCUGUGCCUCCYGUUCUAAUUCUUCAACCCGACUUUGCAAAUUUGCUCCACUAAUCUUUCUAUUAUCAUUUGUCUUAGUGGAUGUCACAUUGUUCRGUGAAAUUGUUUGUGGCGAAUCGCUUUUGCUCUCAUUCUCUGGCUUCGCAAGAGAAAGUCCACCAGUSCCAUUGUCAUUGCAGUCAUCUUCAUCUUCGCUUUCUUCAUAUGCUUCUCCCUUCGAUUCGGCUAACCGAGCACGUUCUAACUUUCGUUCUCGUUGCAUCUUCUCCAUUCUAACGUUCUUCUCGACAUCUUUUGAGAUGCCCUCCACAAUUCCCAGGGCAUAACUCAGUCGUGAGCUUUUGGUACUAAUGGUUCUAUGGURGUAUGUUGAUGUUUCUGGCUGAUACUCGGCACUCAUCUGUGAUAUGCGCUCGGUUGCAACUUUGAAUGCGUAGCCUGCAAGUUGCGCAUUUGAGUAGAUCCCAUAAAACACGAUGUCACAACGGACACCGCGRCGGGUUUCAAAAUAGCACUGCACCCCAAAGUUCUCACACACGGGACRAGUUAGCCGAGCAAUCCAUCUGAAAAACAGAGAUGGUUUGCGAGUUUUUCGGUUGACAAUUUUAACCCGGACCAUACCCCCUUUUAAAACUUCGUCGCCUUGUAGGUUUUUUUCAUUUGCUGCUUCCCGCUCUUUUAACAGUAGGGCUUGGGACAAAUUGUGUUUUCGCAUCAGUCUCUGUGCGAGUUUCAUGGCGUUCUUUGCCUCGUGUUCAUUGGACUGGUCGUGAAAACCAGUGUUCAACAAUUUCAUAAUUCGAUUCUUUACUUCUUGUUCUGCUUUCUUCUUCCCUGCCCCAUCCACCAGCAAMGAURCUUCCCUGAAUCUUUCCCCA